AUGUGCUACCAGGUGAAGUGCGGGACGUGCGGCAAGUCCACGUGGGCGGGCUGCGGCCGCCACGUCGCCUCCGUGCACCGCCAGAUCCCCGACGGCCAGCACUGCGCCUGCCGCGACUGGCCAGGCGUCGCCUCGGCCGGCGGCAAGGCGGCCGCAGCCAACGGUGAUGGCGCCGCCGCAGCCGCCGCCGCCGCGGAGGGAUCUUCAUCCACCUCCACCUGCACCAUCCUGUGA